AUGGGUUUCCAUUUGCGUUCUAUUCGACGGGCAUCAUUAACAGCUAGCCCAGCAGCAUCAAAAUCAGAACAAGUCCCAAAGGGUUAUCUUGCAGUCUAUGUUGGAGAGAAUCAAAAGCGGUUUGUGAUUCCCAUAUCAUACUUGAAUCAACCUUCAUUCCAAUACUUGCUGUGUCAAGCUAAAGAAGAGUUUGGAUACGAUCAUCCCAUGGUCUCAACACCUACACCAACAAUGGGUUUUCGUUUACCUGGAAUCAGAAAGGCAUCGUUUGCUUCAAACCAAACACCUUCAAAAGCAUUGGAUGUUCCAAAGGGCUACCUUGGAGUCCAUCAAGCCGAGGAAGAAUUUGGGUAUCACCAUCCCAUGGGUUGUCUCACAACACCAUGCAAGGAGGAUGAAUUCCUAAGCGUCAUCGCUUCCUUGAAUGACUUGUAA